ACCUUGAAACGCAAAAGAGUAGAAUAAGGUUGGCCAGGAAAGUGUAUUCCGAUCCGAGACACUCUUUAGUCUUUAGGCACUUCAUUGGAAAUGGAAGUGAAUUUGAGCGAUUCGAACACGACGUUACAUCAUUUAUCCGAGAAAUUGGGCCUUAUUUUUGGAUGGUGACGAUAUCAAAUAUGAUAUUGGAGAAGUUUGGGGGUUUUAUCGUGUCGCGUUCUUUCAUCCUGCAGGGGUCGCUACAUCACCGACAGAGCCCGCGAAGAAGAAACGAGCGAAGAGACGGAAGCGGAAAACAUCUUGCAUUGCAAUUAGCAUAGUAGCAGCAGCGUUCGGACUCCUGAGUGUUGUCGUUAUGGCAGAGUUGAACCGGCAGCUUCAGGAGUAUUUGUCGCAGUCCAGAGGCAAGACCGCCCCCGCAUCGUCGCAUCCUGGAUCCAGCACCGCGGUGGAGCUCGGUGACCCCGAUCCCGUUCCUGGGAGUUGGUUCGGACGCUGGUCCAGCCCGUGGUCCGGGGGAGGCGGUUCCUCGACCUCGGCGGCUCCGAGCUCCGGCGGGAGUUGGCCGUGGUCGUCCGACCCGGACCCGUGCCUGCCGGGUGUGAGUCGUCGCCAGCGGCUAGCAAUCUCCGGGAUGUUUGCCGCCCUGUCAGCACUGUGCUUCGGCCUGUCUGCUUUAUAUGCACCACUGCUGCUGCUCUACGCCCGCAAGUUCGCUCUACUCUGGUCGCUUGGCUCGGCCUUCGCCAUUGCGGCCGUGGCUGUUCUGCGGGGACCCGGGAGACUCGCCGCCAGCCUGCCCGGCUCGCCCGGGGCCGCCGUGUACCUGUGCGCCCUCGUAGGGACGCUGUACGCCGCGAUGAGCCUUCACAGCACCGUGCUGACGGCUCUCGGGGCUACCGCGCAGGUCGUCAUCCUGGUUGGCUACGUGGUGUCGCUGCUCCCCGGAGGCACCGCGGGGAUCCGAUUCGUGGGCAGCGUGGCCGCGUCCACCAUCAAAAGGACCGUGACUGGGAAAAGCAUGGUGAUCUGAGCGGAACCCAUCGGAGCGGUAACCGACGACGUGCCAAGUGCCUUUUGCAGGGACAAAGCCAAUUUGGACAAAAGGGACCCUUCAGACUUCGCUUCAUACUGGCGACCUGGACAGUGACUUGGCCAUCAAGGGACAAGAUGGAAUCACUGAAAUAAAGACAAUUUACCACGUUCAAAUGAAGCUCAGAGUCAUUAAAUGACCAUUUCAGACUUUUGCUGUAAAUCACCAUAUAGUUUUUUACAUGUUCAGCAUUGUUUAACUUCAGUACAGUAUAUUUUUUAGGACCAAAAACCUCAGACUGUUUAUUUUUGGAUUAGACUGUUUUCAGCUGGACAAUUGAUUCCCAUUAUAAUUCCCAUGGAAAAAGAAAA